AUGGGCAAGACCAAUAAACCGACGAAUCUGAUAGGGAAUAUGGGCUUGAGGUCGAAACGGCGUCGAAAAGCUGGUACCCCUCCCAAGAUGACUCCUCAGAAAGCUCAAUCGAUAUCGGCUUCUCUCGGCAUUGCUACCCAUCCUGUUCCCGCUUCAAAUGGACAUCUUGAAGACUUGGAUGAUAAUCCCGAAUUGAAUCAAUUCUUGCCUUUACCCGAAGAACCAGAAGCCCCAGCUCAUCCGAUCCCUGACGCCGCCUAUCAAUUUGCUCAAGACAGUCGUUCCUGGUGGAAUGCAGAGGCCCGUAGGAAUCUUAAACUUCAGUGGAAUGCAAUCGAAUUUCAGAUGACUGCUACAUACCUUGAACUUCAGUAUCAAACACGAAAUUGGACUUCCAAAGCCUCAUACCUCGAUGUCGACAUCAACUGCCAAUGCUCAAAUUCACUCACAAUUGAUUCAGUUGACCUUAUUGACACCUUAGGAUUUCAUAGCAAGCACCCAAUCCUCUUCUGUGAUUGGCUUUUACGCCGACUACGAAAUGCUCAAACUGUAUUACGUGAAACUUCGAGUGCCCUCUCCAAAUUAUCUCAGGAGAGAAGCUCAUUAUUCCCCACCAUCCGCUAUACUUACGAGUUCCUACGUGAACAAUGGAUUGUUGAGCGCAACUCUCAACACAAGAGAUGCUAUAUACAAGAAGAACAAAAAAUUGAACUUGGUCGAUUACUAUGCUUAGAAGAGAUGGCUCAAGAAAUUUGGUAA